CUCUGUCCUUUCUCGUGUGUUAUUUCUCGUCUUCUUCUUCUUCUUCUUCUUCUUCUUCUUCUUUGUUCCUUCGUUUUCUUGGAAAAGUUUUGCGUUUUCUUGGAAAGUAUAGAAUCGAAGAGAGGAGAAAACACCCAGAAAGGAAAAUAAGAGAGCCUGCCAUCCCAUAAAGAAACGCCUUUUCUUUUAUUCUUUCAAGAAAAAAUCUUUCCUUUUUAGAUUUUUCUGGGCAUCACAGAGAUUACUUGAAGACCCGUCUGAUCCUCUCACAGAUUCUGCCGAUUGUCUCGUUCUUGUGAUUCUCUGCAAGAGCUGGGCGACGCUGACAGAUCGGGAUGACCCAUUUUAGGAUUCCGUAAGGGAGUUUUCGUUGUGUUCUUAUCGGUCAGAGGUAUGGAUCCACCGCAAAGGCCACGCCGUACAGUCAGUUCAUCCGAAGAAGUGGAUGGACAGCCCAUUUCUAGCACCGGUUCAGAGACCUCUUUGGAUCCGGUGGACGGUCAGUUUCCAAACUGCAUUACACCUUCGGGACGGUCAGCUCAUAUAAGCUCCAGUGGUCAUGAAAGCCAUGGCUGGUCGAGUUCUGGCAAUUCCGGUAUUCAUUCUCAUGCUGGCUAUGUCCAAAAUGUGCCGACUUUCUUGCAAGGUUCAAGCUCCGGUCGUAUGGACAACAAUGAUGGCGGUGGGCGGAGCUCUGGGGUAGUUUUCCGCCAUGAUAAUAACUGUAGCGGUCCAGCUUCUUCCCUCGAUGGUUGGGGUUCCUCGUGCAAAAGAAAGGCUCUCGAAGGAGCUUCAGGCCAUGGCUUACCCCAUUAUGAUGGUUCAAGGUGUGGACCGGGUGGUAGAAGAGCUGUUGGGUCAAAUGAUUCUCCUUCUACGAGAAAUCCUCUGAGUUGGAUGCAGGACUCGGUACCAUUCAGUUUAUCAUCAGCUGAAAUUUCUGCACCACAGCAUUUACCAGUGACUACCCCUUCUGGUAUCCCGAGCUGUAACGAGAGUCAGUCGAAUAUCAUCCACCUCCCUGUUUUGACUAGGAAUAUACAACAAUUUGCCCGGAAUAAUAGUCCGGGUAUCGUGAUACGUGGAGGGAGAUUUGGACUACCACCAGACGUGCCGAGAAGAAACCCCGAGUAUCAUUUGUUUAGACCUUCCACUGAAAUGAGAAAUCCAAUGCCGGAUCAGUCCACUUGGAGUUUCAGUCGUGGAAACCCUCGGCCGGGAAUGAGUUCAAGCAUCCCUUCUUUCCAGCCGAUUCCCGCAUGGAUUCUUUCCCGGAGUGGCUCGACGCAUAAUCCAUCAAGAACAUCAGAGCUUGCUCCUUCGUCGUUAUUUUCUUCCAUCGGAUCUGAAUCUGCCAGUCGUGGUGGUCCUCUGCCUUCAAUACGCACAGGCCCUUCUGUUCCAUGGAACGAGGCGGCGGCAAUGCCUUCUGGGUCUAGCGGCAGGAGCCAUCAUCGGCCAUGGCCCAGAAGAUCGGGACUGGCAUCGGAGAGGCAGAAUGAUCUUCGCCAUUUGCAACAUUUAGGAAGGAGUUUAUCUGCUGAUAUCGAUAGAAGGAACCAGCUCAUGUCCGAGAUACUUCAAGUGUUGAAUGCCAUGCAACAAGAGGAAAAUAUACCGUUCGAGGAUGAUCCAUUUAUGUACCGUGGCACGGCCGAGGUGCAUGACAGGCAUCGUGAUAUGCGUCUUGACGUUGACAGCAUGUCGUACGAGGAGCUAUUGGCACUGGCGGAGCAGAUAGGGGACGUGAGCACGGGCUUAAGCGAGGAGGUGAUCCUGAGAGCGAUGAAACGGCACAAGUAUGCGAAUUUAGAUGGCGAGUCCCGGCAGGAGACAGAGGCUUGCUGUAUUUGCUGGGAGGAGUAUGCAGAAGGAGAUGAUCUUGGGACCCUAGAAUGUGGCCAUCAAUUCCACACAGACUGCAUCAAGAAAUGGCUCGUGAUCAAGAAUCUCUGCCCCAUUUGUAAGACAACGGCUCUUUCCACCAACUGAGAAGAGACGUCAAGUGGAUCAGAUCUUGCUACUCUUUUGUCUUUACAAGUCAGAUAUAUGUUCAGAGCUAUAAAUCUCCAUUAGAUUCGAUUUCCCUACGAAGCAUUCAUCUCUAUUUCAUAAA